AGAUAGCUCCGUGGAGACACUUGGAACUUGCAAGGCCUUUCUUUAUAUCUAGUCUGUGCCUGAGUCUCUUCAGGAGGGUAAAAUGGAACCUCUUUAUGCCCUCUUGCUUGUGGCUGGAGGAGUCCCGAUAACUAUUCUGCUAUUGUCGUUUUUGGCAGCAAUUUAUUAUGAUGUCUCCCGGACCAGGAUUCCCCCUGAGUUUGAUCAUCCGCUAAAGCUUCGAAUAAUCUUCUGGCUCUUUAUUAUGACAUUCAUUGUGGGGAAGAUUUGUGAAUUCUUGGGCAUCUGCAAGCAGGUUGACUUCAUCCGUUUCGUAAUCAGUUUCAUAAAGUUUAAAUUGGAUCCACGUCUGUUUUCAAAAGACCUGCUUUUCAAUGGGGUGCCUGUCCGAGUUUACCAGCCUAAAGCUCCCUCUCCUGGUCGGAGGAAAGGAUUGCUGCUCUUUCAUGGGGGAGCAGGCCAGAUUGGAAGCAUUGAUUUAUAUCAAGACAUUAGCAAUAAAAUUGCCACGGCAGCUGAUACAGUGGUUGUAUCUGUUGGCUAUGGCUUAUCUCCUGAGCAUCUUUAUCCGUCUCAGUACAAAGACUGCCUUACAGCCACUAUACACUUCCUACAAAAUGCGGAGGUCUAUGGGGUGGAUCCUUCCCAAGUUGUCAUCUGCGGGGACAGUGCAGGAGGUAAUUUUGCAACCAUCGUAGCCCAAAAACUGACGGAGAGACCUGAUCUUCCCAAGCUACGGGCUCAAAUUCUGAUCUAUGCCGGUGUCCAAGCGAUGGACUUCAACCUACCUUCUUAUGUGCAGAACUCUGCCAUGCCACUCUUGUCCCAGGAAAAUACAGUUUAUGUUGUUCUGCGGUAUUUCAUGAAGGAUCUGUCUCUGCAAGAUGACAUUCUGAAUGGUUCUCAUGUGCCCGAUGAUUUCAGGCUGAAAUAUGGAAAGCGAGUUAGUGUUGAUAACCUUCCCGAGAGAUUUAAGCGCCAGGGCCAUGGACAAGUGCCACUUGCUCCGUACAAGCCUGAAGUGUACAAACAGGUUCCAGAGCUGUUACAAGUAACCUUUUCCUCAAUUUUUGCUGAAGACCAUAUCAUUAAACAGCUCCCUGAAACAUUCAUUGUGACCUGCGAGUACGAUGUAGUUCGAGACGACAACCUGUUGUACAAGAAGCGGCUGGAGGACUGCGGGGUGAAAGUCAGUUGGUUCCAUGCUGAACAGGGAUUUCACGGGGUGCUGAAUUUUACUGACUUUAGCUUUUUAUCCUUUCCUGCUGGGGUUGAAAUGCUGGACCAAAUUGUAGCCUUUGUCAAAGGUUUAUGAGAGAUUUCCUUGUCACGGUUUGUGACAGCCACAACAGGCAACAGUCCAUGUUGGGUCUCACACACAGAGGUGAUCAUGUCAACAUUCACAAACACUUGUGUAUCGUUUUUCUUUCAAGGUAAUAUCUCUGGCCAGUGAAAAGGUAGUAUCAGGAUUUAAUCUAGGAUUUUUAAAUCCUGCCGUUUAAGAAGAGCGUUUCAAUAAUCUUCAAAAGUAUAAACCAUGACUUAACUUUUGUGGCCUACAUGCAGGAAACGUUGCCAGGACUUGCUUAAUUGAAACUUUGGUUUUAUGCAGGGCUCAUUUUGAGGGGGAACGCGCAGGAACACCAUUCCGGCAGUUCCCCAAAGAGGUCACAUGUCAGGUGGCCCCGCCCACCUGACUCUCGGCCAUUUUGGGCCCAUUUCAGCCUGGAUUGGGGCUGAAACAGCCCAGAUCAGUCCUCUGACGGGUGAUGGAUCACUCUCCCACUCAGCAGCAGCCGGUCCUGACCAUUUGGGGCCCCUUUUCGGCCAUUUUCAGCCCCUUUUUGCCAUUUUGGGCCCAAUUUUGCCCCUGAAUGGCCAGGAUUGGGUCCAAAACAGCCAGGAUAGGUGAUGUCAGGAGGUGUGACACAUGCAAAUCAGUUAUGCUAAUGACACACUUCCGGUGAUGGCAAGGGACAUAGCAUAUGCUAAUGAAUUGUGGUAAUGAGUUAUGCUAAUGAGUUCCUCCAGCUCUUUUUCUACGAAUGACCCCCGGUUUUAUGCAUUUGUGUUUUGCUGGCUUUGAGGUAGACGGCUGGAGCUUGGUAGAUGUGUCUUGUCAGAAAUUCUACAGUUGCCUCUCCCACAAAGUGCUGGCAAGAUCUUUAUAAUUAACCCAUUAGUUCCCGAGGGGAAACCAUAUUAGACUCUUAUAAAAAUUCAAAGAGAACUCUUAAAGUCUAACAGGUUCAUUGUAGCACCAACUCCUUGGCUAGUCUUCUUUGGCAGAUGCUUGGCUUGAAACCUGAGUCAGUAGAUACACACAUAGGAACAUAGAGGGGGGAAACUGUGGGGUUAAAAUGCAAGAGGUAGCAUCUGUGGUGUUUCUAUCUUAAACUUAAAUGUGUAAGAUAAACACAUGGACCCUUUCCAACAGCGGGUUCUGUUCAAACGAUGGUUGAGACUCUUACUGUACAAUCCUAAGCAGAGUUGUGCCAGUCUAUGCCCAUUGAUUUCAAUGGUUUUAGACAGGAAUAACUCUGUUUAGGAUUGCAUUGUUAAGGCUGAUUUUAAAUUCUAAUUUCAGCAAAUAAUAAUUUUCGUGCUACUGUAAAUCUGUUAUUUUUUAUUGUUUGUUUAUAAGGUGAAAGAGGGGAACUGCACCCGUUAUGAUGCUUUCUGUCACAGAGCUGUGAGACCUGGCCCUGAAUUAAUAUGCCUUGUACAUCAAACGUAAUUUUGUUUAAAAGAAGAAAAUUGUAUCCUAGAAAAAAGACGGUUAUUUUCCAUUUAUUAUUUUGAUUUAAAACCGCCCCUCCUCAGGGGCUCUGGGUGGUGAACAACAGUUAAAAUCAAUAAAAACAAAACAAUAAUUCUAAAAUCAACAUACAAUAAACAAUAAUAAAAUAAAUUAACCAAAUACAUUAAAGUGCAAUGGUGGGGAGAACCCCCCAUCCCAAAGGUGGGAGGCCAACAUGGCACUGCCCCCUUCAACCACCGAAUGCCUGGCGGAACAGCUCUGUCUUACAGGCCCGGCGGAACGAUAAUAUGUCCUGCUGGGCCCAGGUCUCCAUUAACAGAGCAUUCCACCAGGCUGGGACCAGAACUGAAAAGGCCCUGGCUCUGGUUGAAGCGCAGGCUUCUUUUGGGCUAGGGACCACCAGUAAACAUUUAUCCGCUGAUCAAAAUGGUCUCCAGGGAACAUACAGGGAGAGGUGGUUCCGAAGAUAUGCCAUGAACAUUGGAUGGGGGUGGGGAAAUGUAUCUUGCUUGGGAUGACAAAAUACUUUUAAAUCACACCUCCCCCCUGCACCUCCAGUAGGGGAAGAACGGUGCCUCCUACGAGAAUGUGAUGUAGAUAUUUAUUCCAGUGAAAUCCUAUGGACAAUGACUCUCAUGUAUUGUUUACAGUGGAAACUAAUUAGUGGCUUAACUUGCAAUGUUCAUGUUUGUGCAUGAGUGAAUUUGUAAGUGGCUUAAUGCUUCACUCAACUGAGAGUUGUUUUUUUUUUGUAGAACCUGACAACUUUUUUGUAUGACCUGACAACUAUCAUGACCUUGGGGCCAAGCUACAAGUGACGAAUGACACUUGAAUGGCAAGU